AACGUUAAGAGAAAUGGACUUUGCUUUCCUUGGCCUUUUGCUGACUCUCCUGUUGGGACAUUCAUCUACUUUUGUCUACAGAAAUCAGGCUUGUUACCAACUUUCGGCUUACGGCACCUGUCAUGGACACACACUGAUGUGGGCCUAUUCGCUGUACGAUCAUAGAUGUCUUUCGUUUCCCUACUCGACAUGUGGUGGCAAUACAAACCGCUUUCGUACACGGGCAGAUUGUGAAAAGGCUUGUAUGCUGAGAUAUUCUUAACUGAUUUUCUUUCCUGCACAAGCUAAAUUAAAUGCCACCGGAUUUUUCUAAAGCUUCA